CUCCACAUCCACAACCAUACAAAACCCGUCAAAAAAAUUCCAGAUAGGCUUUAGCGGAUGAGGCGCGCCAAAACCUCUCUGCAACUACCACCAACUUCCAUCUCCAGUGAGUUAGUGACCAGUCAUGGCAUUCCCUUUAUCCUCCGCCAUCAUCUCUCACAGGCUCUCCUUCAAUGUCUCCAUUGCUCCCUCUACCCCAAGGUCAAAUCUCAAACCAAUCCAUUUCAUAUUUUGCUUCAAUGGGAAAGACCCAGAAAGAUCAGGCCGCUCCAGAGUUCAUUGCCUGCCCAAAAAUAAUCAUCUAAAGGAACUCAAAGACCAGCAGCAUGGUACUCUUACCAAUUCCUACAUAUCAACUCGUGGACAUACAAACAAACUUCAAAGUCUAAUUGCUGUGAUCCUUGUGUUUGUCCAAAUAUCUUCUCCACUUCCUUUGGUUGGUUGGGACGUUUUGCCUAUAUCACCUGCAAAUGCAGUUCUUUAUUCUCCAGACACCAAGGUUCCCAGAUCAGGAGAACUAGCUUUAAGGAGGGCAAUCCCUGCAAACACAAACAUGAAGACCAUACAGGAUUCUCUGGAGGAGAUUUUGUAUUUGCUAAGAAUUCCACAGAGAAAGCCUUAUGGAACCAUGGAGGGAAAUGUGAAGAAAGCUUUAAAGAUAGCAACAGAUGAAAAGGAUUCAAUUCUGGCAAGCAUACCAACAGACUUGAGGGAGAAGGGCUCCACAUUAUAUGCAUCUCUAAUCGAUGGAAAGAAUGGAUUGCAAGCUCUUCUUGCAUGUAUAAAGGAUAAGGACCCAGAUAAAGUAUCAGUAGGCCUCGCAUCUUCACUGGAUACCAUUGCUGAGCUGGAGUUGUUACAGGCUCCAGGCUUGUCAUUUUUGUUACCCGAGCAAUACCAGAGAUACCCAAGGCUUACAGGGAGAGGAAUUGUUGAAUUGACCAUAGAGAAAGGUGAUGGUUCAACAUUUUCUCCUGAAGCCGGUGGUGAACCAAGAAAGACUGCCAAAAUUCAGGUUGUUAUAGAUGGAUAUUCAGCACCAUUAACAGCAGGGAAUUUCGCAAAACUGAUAAUUGAUGAGGCAUACAAUGGGGCAAAGCUCCGCUCUACCGACCAAGCUGUUCUUUCAGACAACGGUCUUGACAAGAACAAUGGUUAUAGUGUUCCUCUAGAGAUAAAGCCAUCUGGGCAAUUUGAGCCCUUAUACAGAACAAAAUUAGAUGUGCAGGAUGGGGAAUUGCCAACUCUUCCACUAUCUGUUUAUGGAGCUGUUGCUAUGGCGCAUAGUGAAGUCAAUGAGGAGUACUCAUCACCGUAUCAGUUUUUCUUCUAUCUUUAUGAUAAAAGAAAUGCUGGCUUGGGAGGGUUAUCUUUUGAUGAAGGAGAAUUCUCAGUUUUUGGAUAUGCAACUGCUGGGAGAGAUAUUCUCUCACAGAUAAAAACAGGAGAUGUGAUUCAAUCUGCAAAGCUGAUCGACGGUCAAGAUCGUCUUGUAUUGCCAGAUGAGAAGUGAUUUGCUCUCUUGUCAAUCAGGACUCCCUUUCAUUCUUUGUAUUUGUUGUAUUUUAGGAGGUAGCAGCCUGAUUUUCUUGGUGCAGGUUGUGCUAUCAAGUUUGUGCAUCUUUUUUUCUUCUUCUUUCUGGUUUCAUGUGUCACUUAAAUUAUGCUGUUUCCAUUUGAAGUUCGAGUUUCUCGUGUGAAAAUUGAAAACUGUUAUUGUUGUCCUUCUAUCUAGUAAGUUUCCAUUUUCAUCCGUCUUCAAA